AUGAGUCAGAUUGCUCAACAACUUGCGGGUUCGCAAACACAGGGUGCUUUACCAAGUGCUACAGUUACAAAUCCAAGAGAACAUAAUAAUGUGAGUGCGGUAACCACAAGGAGUGGUAAGGAAAAAGAAGCCCCUGAAAAAGAUGAUGACCAAGAAGACCAAUUGCUUGAAGUUGAUUUGGAUAUAAAAGAAAAUAAGGUUGUGAGUGAAGAGGUGACGGUACCUAAAACAGUGGUUAAAGAAAAAGUUAGUGAAUCAAAGUCGAUUGUCAAACUCCCUUUCCCCAUAAGAAAUAAGAAGAAAGAGCAACAUGAGAAGAACUUCGAGAAAUUAUUGGAGAUGUUCAAAAAGCUUGAGAUUAACAUUCCGUUCUUGGAGGCACUUGAGCAAAUGCCCUCUUAUGCUAAAUUCAUGAAGGAUAUUAUUUCAAAAAGGAGGAGCACUGACACUGACUCUAUUGUACUAACCGAAACUUGUAGUGUUAUUUUGCAGGGUAUGAAGAUUCCGGUAAAGAAAAAAGAUCGAGGCUCGGUAACUAUCCCUUACACUAUCGGGGAUAGAUCUUUCAAAAAGGCCCUUUAUCGACUUGGGGGCAAGUACUUUGUAAUCUUAGAAAUGCCGGAAGAUGAAGAGAUACCACUCAUUCUUGGUAGACCAUUUUUGGAGAUCGGGAGAUGUUUGAUAGAUAUAGAAGAGGGCACCAUGACUCUAAAAGUUUAUGACGAAGAGUUAAAAAUUGAUGUGCGUAACACCAUGAAAUACAAAGAUGAUGUUGCCACCAGUCAACACAUAGAGGUGAUUUAUCAAAUGAUUCUGAAAGAAAAUCCUCUAGGUGAACAAAAAUUACCCUUGGAGAGAGUUCUAAGUUUAUCAAUCUUUGAAGACACUCAAGGAGUUGAUGAAUAG